ACAAUAGUAAUAUAGUAUUAUCUUCAGUAUCUAAUAUUGAGUCUAAUAUAAAUAAUAAAAAUAAGUUUCUUGUUAAGAGUGUUUUUGAUAUCAGUACUAAACUUAGCCAGCAAUUGUUAUCUUGUCCAAUUCUAGACAUUGUUGAUA